UAAAACAUUAGUAAAUUAGAUUUUCUCAUAUCAUCAUCGUCAUCUCUCAUUGUCCACCACCUCCGUACCCACACAUUCCAUUACCCAACCCAAAAAUCUCAUUCACUCUUAACUCCAAUUCCAAUUGAAGCCAUGUCAAGUGUGAAGCUAAGCUCUUGUGUACAUCAUCACUCUGUCAGAAAAUCUGGAUCCGUACCCGGGUCCAACAGAUGCUUUCUCAGAACCCCACCGUUCCUUCUCCGUCAAAAGUUCACGGCGUUAUCAGUCGUCAGAGAAGAGAGUAACGCCAGUAUCAUCCACCAAGAGGAAGCACAAAGCCUCAGCUUCGAUUUCAUGUCUUACAUGAUCGGCAAAGCUAGCUCCGUCAACCAAGCUCUCGACUCCGCCGUCUCCCUCCGCGAACCGGUCAAGAUCCACGAGGCAAUGCGUUACUCUCUCCUCGCCGGCGGGAAGCGAGUGAGACCGGUUCUCUGCAUCGCCGCGUGCGAGCUGGUCGGCGGCAAAGAAUCCGUCGCUUUGCCGGCGGCUUGCGCGGUGGAAAUGAUCCACACGAUGUCGCUGAUCCACGACGAUCUCCCGUGUAUGGACAACGACGACCUCCGCCGCGGAAAACCCACCAACCACAAAGUGUUCGGCGAAGACGUCGCGGUUUUAGCCGGAGACGCGCUUUUAUCGUUCGCGUUUGAGCACUUGGCGUCGACGUCGGGGGUGGCUCCGGCGAGGGUGGUUAGAGCGAUCGGGGAGCUGGCGAGAGCCGUUGGAUCAGAAGGGCUUGUGGCGGGUCAGAUUGUGGAUAUCAGCAGCGAAGGUAUGGACUCAAACGACGUCGGAUUAGAGCUACUUGAGUUUAUCCACGUUCACAAAACGGCGGUUUUGCUGGAGGCGGCGACGGUGUUAGGAGCGAUCGUUGGCGGUGGGUCUGAUGAAGAGAUCGAGAAGCUGAGGAAGUUUGCGAGAUGCAUUGGUUUGAUGUUUCAGGUGGUUGAUGAUAUAUUGGAUGUGACGAAGUCGUCCGAGGAGUUGGGGAAAACCGCCGGAAAAGAUUUGAUCGCCGAUAAGCUGACGUAUCCGAAGUUGAUGGGUCUCGAGAAGUCAAAGGAGUUUGCGGAGAGGUUGAUGAGAGAUGCUCAAGAACAGCUUCAAGGAUUUGAUUCGAAAAAGGUUGAACCUUUAUUGGCUUUGGCUAAUUACAUUGCUAAAAGACAGAACUAGUUCAACUGUGAAUGUUUUCGUUGUUGUUUAAUAUUCUCCGACAAAGGAUUAAGAAACUCUAGAUCCUCUAAGAAAAGUUGAUGUGAACAUUAUGAUGAUCCGUGCUUGCUUAUAGUUUGUAACAGAGUCCUAUGUUGGUUAUAAAGAUUGUGGAAGUCUUUUUACU